AUGGAUCCAUCGAAAUUCGGAGUCUCCACGAUACCCCUAAACCACGCACCGUAUGGACCCCUCCGGCCAGAGAAGCUCGCAGGUGUGAACAAGGGGAAAGUCGCUGCGGUAACUGGCGCUGCUCGAGGCAUUGGUCGAGCAAUUUCAGAACAUCUCGCGCUCUCAGGUGCCAAUCUCGCCAUCUUAGACCUCCUGGUCGAGCCGCUGGCAGAGACCAAGACGUUGUGCGAGAAAUAUGGCGUCAAAGUCUUUAUGUAUGCCUGCGAUGUCACAGACGUGGAACAGGUCCGAGCGGCUCUGAAACAGAUUGAAGGCGAUUUAGGUCCGAUUGAUAUUAUGGUGAACAAUGCGGGAAUCUCGCCGGGAAGGCCUCAGUGGAUGGAGAGUUUUGAGGACUUUUGGAAGACGAUCGAGAUUAAUUUCAAAAGUGCAAUGGUCACCACCUGGGCUGUCCUUCCGGGCAUGCGUGAGCGAAAAUCCGGGGUGAUUAUCAACAUUGCGUCUCGCGCCGCGACGGUCGAUUUUCCAUUUGCCGUGGGAUACAAUUCGAGCAAAGCCGCUGUCACGCGAGCUGUCUCAACACUGCAGGAGGAGAUCGAUCUCGAUAAUCUAGGUGAUACGAUUCAGCUGUACGCAUUGCAUCCUGGAGGGGUAUAUACGGCCAUGGCGAAAACCGAACCCCUUCCGGAGAUGUUGGAGAAGUAUCCUGCGCUGUCUCAGCACGGGACGGAUUUCAAGAGUCUAUUCAAAGAUCCACCCGAGCUCUGUGGGGCCACAUGCGCUUAUCUUGGAACGGGAAAGGCUAAGGAGAUCAGGGGCAUGUAUUUCGAUUGUCGGCAGGAUAUUGAGCGGGUGUGCGCGGUUGGGAGGGAAAAGUUGCAGAAGGACGUCUUGUAUACUUUGAAGAUGGAUUUUAUUGAGGGCUAUCAGAAUGAACCAUAG